GAAAAACAUAGUUCGAAAGGAGCGCCAUCACUUAAUAAAGCAUUAUGUCUGUUUGGACUUUGUGAGGUGUCAUUGGGCAAAUCGUUUCUUCAUCGCCAUGUACACACUUGCAACAUGCCUCUUGUUUCUCACCGGAGCCGUGUCGUAUCAGCAUUGGACAGCGCAAUUACGUCUCCAUCCUCAGACUUGUGGUCACGGUACGAUAUUUGUCCCAGACCUGGUGGAGCAGUGUGGAUUCCGCUUGUUGAGGGGCCUGGGAAGACUAUAUAAGACAAUGGAACCGAAGGAUGCGGACACGAACAUCGACAUCGUAAAAAACGGGACUGACGCGUGCAUAAAAGGUUUUUUUGAAUGCACAGACAUCGACUCGUUCCUUAGCCUCCGACCUUGCCUUCGUGAUGUGGAAGAAAAACUUACUUCCCCUGACAUGAAAGAUCUGUUUGCCUCUUUCACGGAUUGCAUGGGUAUAUUCUCAAUGGCAACGGACAGCCACUACCUCCUUUAAGGAUACCUAAGAACGUCGUACAGCUGCUGUCGUGCCUUGAGAACACCAUAUUCAUGCACAAUAAAUGUUUACGAUCGGCA